AUGAAAGGAGGUUCUCUUGGUGCUCAAAUGGAUAGAUUUAGAAAUAAAAUCGUUGGACAUGUGCUCUACACAUGUAUCAUAACUAUGAUAUUGGCUUCACAUGCUAUCCUUGCUCUAGAGAUUGCCUUUUGGUUCGAUUUGAAUAGUUAUCUAAGUAAAUUAUUGUGGAAUGUAACAGCAUUAAGAUUUACUAUGACAAUUUUGGCUUAUCAAGAGCCAGUACCUGAAACUUCAAUUAGAAUAAUUGAGGAUGUUGAAAAUGUGAGUGUGGAUGUGGAUGUGGAACAAAAUAAAAAAAUUUCUGAUGAAAAAGGAUAA